CUCCAACACUUUCUUGUGGCCGAGUCAUCUUCCAAUAUGUGAACUCAAGUUCUUUAUGGUAAAUGAGUGUACUCUUAAUGCAUGCAAUAUUCUUAUUAAUGGUGACUGGACAUAGCUCUCGCGUGGUAAGUAGACUCUGGCAUGUGCCCACUUACGUCCUGAGAUCCAGAUAUUUCUCUUUAUAGUAUAAGUAAGUCGUAUAACAUUUCGGAAACACUAUUAUAUAGUUUCUCAAAUUUUAUUUAUUUAAUUUAUCCUAUUAUCGGCAUAAAUAUACGCUUGAACUUAAACAUCCACCUAUAGUUCAGGACAAUCCCAAGUUCAAGAAAAAACAGAAUUUCAUUAAUCAAACAAAAAUGUGUGCACUAGUCCCUCCAGUGUUCCCAAACUUUGGGUGGCCGUCGACAGGAGAGUACGAGAGUUACUACCUGGCCGGAGAGAACCUCGACGACUUUACGUUUCUUGAUUUUCCAGCACAAGAGACAUAUGGAGUGGAACAUCAUCAGGAGAUUCAGGAAUUGUUGGGGGUCUCUGUUGCGUCCGAGGGCAAUGGGGUCGUGACCAAGAAGCUUAAUCACAAUGCUAGUGAGCGUGACCGUCGCAAGAAGAUCAACUCUUUGUUCUCGUCUCUCCGUUCAUGUCUUCCAGCUUCUGAUCAGUCGAAGAAGUUAAGUAUUCCUCAGACGGUUUCUCGGAGCUUGAAGUACAUACCGGAGCUACAAGGAGAAGUGAAGAAGUUAAUAAAAAAGAAGGAAGAACUCUUGGUGCGAGUAUCGAGUCAAAGAGACAUUGAACAUUACGUUGAGCCGCAACCAAAGGCCGUUACACGUUACGUCGCGACCAUUUCUGCGACUAGGCUUGGAGACAACGAAGUGAUGGUCCAAAUCUCAUCGUCCAAGAUUCAUAACUUUUCAAUAUCUAAUGUGUUAAGUGGGUUAGAAGAAGAUGGGUUUGUUCUUGUGGAUGUUUCAUCUUCAAGGUCUCAUGGAGAAAGGCUCUUCUACACUUUGCAUCUUCAAAUGGGAAAUAUAGAUAAUCACAAUCUGACGUGCGAAGAGCUAAACCAGAGAAUGUUGUACUUGUAUGAGGAAUGUGGAAACUCGUUUAGAUGAUAAUCUGUUCCUGUUUCUUUUAGUUAUGUCAUCCUUUUCUCAACAUCUAACGUUCACGUAGUCGAGUUGUUUCGUUUAUUUUUCUUGUCGAAGUCAAUGACCGAUUAUUAC